GUGGGUGUUGGAGUCGCGGCGCCGGUCUCCGGCCUUGAAGCCUCGGCUGAGCUCUGAGACCCAGCAUGGCUGUGCUGGCGCUACUUCUGCGCGGCGGCCCCCGCAGCCGCAGGCCCCUGCUUUGGAGGCUGGUGCAGCAACUUUUGUCUUGGCAGGAAGUGGUCAUAGUAAGUGCUACAAGAACACCCAUUGGGUCCUUUCUAGGCAGCCUUUCCUCACUGCCAGCCACUAAGCUUGGUUCCAUUGCAAUACAGCGAGCCAUUGAAAAGGCAGGGAUUCCAAAAGAAGAAGUGAAAGAAGCGUACAUGGGGAAUGUUCUACAAGGGGGUGAAGGACAGGCCCCUACCAGGCAAGCAGUGUUGGGUGCAGGUUUACCUGUUUCUACUCCAUGCACCACUAUCAACAAAGUUUGUGCUUCAGGAAUGAAAGCCAUCAUGAUGGCCUCUCAAAACCUUAUGUGUGGGCAUCAGGAUGUGAUGGUGGCAGGUGGGAUGGAGAGCAUGUCCAAUGUCCCGUAUGUCAUGAACAGAGGAGCAACACCGUAUGGUGGCGUGAAGCUUGAAGAUCUGAUUGUAAAAGAUGGGCUGACCGAUGUCUACAAUCAGAUUCACAUGGGCAACUGUGCUGAGAACACAGCAAAGAAGCUGAAUAUUACACGAGAGGAACAGGACACUUACGCUAUUAAUUCUUACACCAGAAGCAGAGCAGCAUGGGACGCUGGAAAAUUUGGAAAUGAAGUUAUUCCCGUCACAAUUACAGUAAAAGGUAAACCAGAUGUCGUGGUGCAAGAAGAUGAAGAAUAUAAACGUGUUGAUUUUAGCAAAGUUCCAAAGCUGAAGACAGUUUUCCAGAAAGAAAAUGGCACAGUCACAGCUGCCAACGCCAGCACACUGAACGACGGCGCAGCUGCUGUGGUUCUGAUGACUGCAGAUGCAGCCAAGAGACUCAAUGUGAAGCCACUGGCGAGAAUCGCAGCGUUUGCUGAUGCUGCUGUAGAACCUAUUGAUUUUCCAGUUGCACCUGCAUAUGCUGUACCCAAGGUUCUUAAAGAUGCAGGAUUGAAAAAAGAAGAUAUAACAAUGUGGGAAGUAAAUGAAGCCUUUAGUUUGGUUGUACUGGCAAACAUUAAAAUGCUGGAGAUCGACCCCCAGAAAGUGAAUAUCAAUGGAGGAGCUGUUUCCCUGGGUCAUCCAAUUGGGAUGUCCGGAGCCAGGAUUGUUGUUCAUUUGACUCAUACCUUGAAGCAAGGAGAAUAUGGUCUUGCCAGUAUUUGCAACGGAGGAGGAGGUGCCUCUGCUCUGCUAAUUGAGAAGCUGUAGACACCCUCUGCUGCGUAAGGAGAUAACCCACACUGUGCGAUUUACCUGGGGUCAGCUUAUAGUUAAAAUAAGCUGUUUCAUUUUUUAAUUGUUUUCUAUUUUAACUUUUUUAAAUAAAAAUGAACAAAUCCUAAA